AUGGAAAAUUAUCUCAUGCUGGAGAUCGUUGGCUAUGGAACGUUUGGUGUGGUAUACAGAGCUCGUAGACUGGAUACUCAGGAGCCGGUUGCCAUCAAAAGGAUAAGAUUUAACCCGGCUUCAGGCACCAGAGGUCUCUCCAAGUGUGUGACACGGGAGGUCACGGCUUUGCGACAAUUGCCUCGCCACCAGAACAUCGUGAAAAUGCUGGAGUUCGUGGAAGAUCGAGAAAGACACGAAGUUUUCUUCGUGUUCGAGUACUUGGACAUGGAUCUUCGAAAGUACUUAGACUUGGCAGCAUUCAUCGCCACGAACAGGCAACACAUAAAAUAUCUGAUCCACCAGAUCAUCAGUGGUCUCGACCACUGUCACAAGCAUAACCUCAUACACCGAGACCUGAAACCACAGAACGUUUUGCUCGAUCGACGCACCAACUCCUUAAAGAUUGCAGACUUCGGUCUCUCCCGGAACAUGGUGUCCGAGCCUACGGAGGCUUCACCUCUCACUCCUGACAUCGCCACCAUCUGGUACAGAGCACCGGAAGUUUUUUUGGGCUCACAGGUUUACACUUCUGCCGUGGACAUGUGGGCAGCUGGAUGCAUCCUCGCAGAGAUGACCAACAAGCAUCCCCUCUUUGACGGAAGGACUGAGAUCGACCAGCUGUCCAAGAUCUUCCAGAUAAGGGGCACUCCUAGUGAAGAAACAUGGCCCGGAGUCUCUUCACUCCAAGAGUUUGUACCGUUGUUCCCCAACUGGCAUCCCAUGGACAUGUCGGAUGUGGUCCCGGAUCUUGACGCCAGCGGCAAAAACCUGCUGGAUCGACUGCUCAUUCUGAACCCAAACAACCGCAUUUCAGCUGAAGAAGCGUUGCAGCAUGAGUACUUUCAUGGUAUCAGCUCGUGCCCUUUAUAA